AUGGAGCCAGGAUUCAACUGCUCUGAGCUCUGCGAUGGCAGCUCCAGUUUUGGCAGCCCGGAGCAGCCACAGCGAGCGCUGCAGGAGCUCUGCACCAUCACAGUGACAUCUGACCGCAGUGGCAAGAGCUCCCCGUCCUUCUCUGCUGCUCUCCUGGGAGUUGUGUGGACAUUCCUGACUGGAGGAGUCCUGCUAGCGCUCUUCUUUCUUGUCUUCACAAUUCGCUUCAGGAAGAACAGGAUCGUGAAGAUGUCCAGCCCCAAUCUGAACAUUGUGACCCUGCUGGGCAGUGGCUUGACUUACACUAGUGCUUACCUCUUUGGGAUUCCAGAGCAGAGCCUGCCAUCCAGAGACUCAGUGGAAAAGCUUGUUCAGGUGCGGCUCUGCCUGCUGUGCGUGGGGACCUCCCUGGUGUUUGGCCCCGUCCUGGGGAAAAGCUGGCGACUGUACAAGGUGUUCACCCAGCGAGUACCGGACAAGCGGGUGAUUAUCAAAGACCUCCAGUUGCUGGCAAUGGUGGCAGUGUUGGUGCUGGCAGAUGCCGUGUUGCUCUUGACGUGGGUAUUCUCUGAUCCAGUCCAGUGUUUCCGAAGCCUCAGCGUCUCACUGCGGGCGACAGAGAAAGGCAUGAGCUGCUCAGUGAGCCGGGUGCAGUCCUGUGCAUCUCUUUAUUCCGAUCUCUGGCUCGUUCUCAUUUUAGGGUUUAAGAGUAUCCUCCUGCUGUAUGGGACCUACUUGGCUGGUCUGACCGACAAUGUCAGCUCCCCACCAGUCAACCAGUCUCUGACACUCCUUGUCGGGGUCAACCUCGUUUUCCUGGCUGCCGGCACUGUCUGCUUAGUCCACCGUUUCUUCCGUGCUUGGCACAACUUGCUGUUUGGUUUCACCUCUGGAGGUAUCUUCAUGUGCACAACCACGAUCAACUGCUUCAUCUUUGUCCCACAGCUCAGGCAGUGGAAAGCCUUUGAAGAAGAAAGCCAAACCGUGAGCCAGAUGGCAAAAUACUUCACCAGUCCGAGCAGGAGCUGCCACUCUGUGUACAGCGAGGAGCAGCUCUACCAGCUGAUAGGGGAGAAAAACUCCAUGAAGCGGCUGCUCACUGAGAAAAACGCCGUGAUUGAAAGCCUGCAGGAGCAAGUGAGCAGUGCCAAGGAGAAGCUGAUGAGGCUGAUGUCUGGGGAGAGCAUCUACGACCCCCAUGCACCAGCAGUGGCUCCCUGCAUCCAGAGCUCAGGGAGGUGCGAGGCUGCGCCGGAGGACUGCUGCUCCCCAGAUCCAGAGAGGGAAGGGUGGCAGCCUCCCCACUCAGCGGGUACACGGCCUCUUUGCAGUGAUGCUCAGGAGCACAUGCGGCAAGGAGACCCUGUUUCCUCUCAGGCACUGCUUUUUGACAUGGAGGAUGGCCUCGAACCUGGCCUGAGAGAUGCCCAGGAGCGCGGGAGGUCUGCAGGGCAGGGGCAGCCUCCAGAGCAGCUGCCAGGUCAGGACAUGUCAGCUGGUGUGGCCUGGGAAUCUUCCCCUAAAGUCAGCUACGUGAGCAGUGAGAAGCUGCGGGAGAUCUUGCAAGAGCUGAGCCUGGAUGGCAAAACUUACAGCCCAGCCUUACCUGGGGGACACCCACAUGGUAACCAGCGUCCCCCAGGUGAGCAGGGAGGAGCAUGGGGGGCCCAGGAGGACUACCCAGACAUCCGCAUGCCCCGCAGCCCCUACCUGGCAAGGCGGCGACGGAGAAUCCCCCUGCCCUCUGCUCCCACCCACUUCACCAGGCAUUUGUCCCCUCGUGCUGGCCACGGGGUGAAGGAGACAGGUGUCUGGGACCGUGGGGAGUCGACAUGUAUCUCCCUGGGGAGGGAAGGAGAGAUGGCUGGUGGAGGGAUCCUUCACCCAUCAGCACCGUCCCGUCUAGCCGUUCCUGGGGAGGUCUGCCUCCAGCCAGAGGGAUGGCCAGGGUGGCCAGAGUCUCAGGGUGCUUUGCCAUGCAUCCCACGGGAGCAGCAUCGGCAGCAGGGCGCACCGAGGGGACCCACCGAGCCCUCCCUGCGCUCACUCUACUAUUACCCAGAUUCUGACUCCAGCAGCAGCAGCAGCUCUGAGGAGAUGUUUCACGGCUGCCACCGGCCCUGCUGUGAGGUUUGCUUCCAGAGCCCACGCGGUUCCCUGGGCAGCAGUAGCACAGACACUGACACAGAGCCUAGCGGCUGUGCGGGCCACUGGACAGAGCACCUCAGCAGGCCUCAACCUGUGGUGAAUUUUAAAGAAGAUCUGAAACCCACCUUUGUGUGA